AUGAAACUCUUUCUCUAUGCAUUCGCGGGGCUGGCCAUUCUGAGUUCGGCACUCGCUAAACCGAAGACGCAUAUUGUCAAUGUCGGGCCUAACAGUACACUUGCAUACAAUCCCCCUUACAUUUCCGCUCACAAAGGGGAUGUGGUGAAAUUUAUAUUCCAUCCAAAGAACCAUACAGCGAGCCAAUCCUCAUUCGAGUACCCGUGUAAGAAGCUCAGGCAUGGGUUCGACUCGGGCUUUGAGCCCAUAAAGCCCUCGUAUCCCGAGCCGAAGACAGUCUUGUACCACGUCAAAACGAAAGACCCAUUGUGGUUCUUCUGUCGCCAGACGGUUCCCGUAUCGCACUGUGGGAAGGGGAUGGUCUUUGCCAUCAAUCCACCAAAGCACGGACAUCAUACUUUUGCCGCAUUCAAGGCCAGGGCUAUCUCUCAGUACGGAGGCAAGAGGGACAUGAUUGAUAGUGAAGAUGCGGAAUGA